AUGAAUGUCCCUAAAACUGGAUACCGAGUUUUCUCCGCCAACUCCUCUGCAGCUUGCACAGAACUCGCUAAAAAGAUCACAGAGCGACUUGGAGUAGAACUGGGGAAGUCUGUGGUAUUUCAAGAAUCCAACAGAGAGACAAGAGUGGAUGUCAAAGAAUCUGUACGUGGUCAGACCAUUUUUAUCAUCCAGACCAUACCUAGAGAUGUCAACACUGCUAUUAUGGAACUGCUCGUCAUGGCCUAUGCUCUCAAAACGUCUUGUGCAAAGAAUAUCAUUGGAGUCAUCCCAUAUUUCCCGUACAGCAAACAGUGCAAGAUGAGGAAGAGGGGCUCCAUAGUGUCCAAAUUGUUAGCCUCCAUGUUGGCUAAAGCCGGAAUAACGCACAUAAUAACCAUGGACCUGCAUCAGAAAGAGAUCCAGGGAUUCUUCAGCUUCCCUGUGGACAACCUGCGUGCCUCCCCCUUUUUGAUACAGUACAUUCAAGAGGAGAUUCCAGAUUACAGAAAUGCAAUAAUUGUUGCAAAGUCUCCAGCAGCUGCCAAGAGAGCGCAGUCGUACGCAGAGCGCCUCAGGCUGGGCCUGGCUGUGAUCCAUGGAGAAGCUCAGUGUUCAGAGUCAGACAUGGCGGACGGCAGACACUCCCCUCCAUCUGUGCGCAACACCACAGGACACACCGGCCUCGAGCUGCCCCCAGGCAAACAACAAGCUCCGUUCCCUGGCAUAGAGCUCCCAAUGAUGAUGGCCAAAGAGAAGCCUCCCAUCACCGUGGUCGGCGACGUUGGCGGGAGGAUUGCUAUCAUCGUGGAUGACAUCAUAGACGACGUGGGAGACUUUGUGGCUGCUGCAGAGCUACUCAAAGAGCGAGGCGCCUAUAAGAUCUACAUCAUGGCCACUCACGGGCUGCUGUCUGCCGACGCCCCUCGGCUCAUCGAGGAGUCCGCCAUUGACGAGGUGGUGGUGACCAACACUGUUCCACAUGAAGUCCAAAAGCUGCAGUGUCCCAAAAUUAAGACUGUGGACGUGAGCAUGAUCCUGGCCGAGGCCAUACGGCGCAUCCACAACGGGGAGUCCAUGGCCUACCUGUUCCGGAACAUCACCACCGAUGACUAG